AUGCCUUCCAUAGUAUCCGUCGCCAUUCAAUCCGCCAUUCUCAAGGCCGCGGCAAAUCUCACAGCCCAGACACUCACCAUAUGGAACGCGCAGUCACACAUACCACUCAAUUGGGCCCGUGUCGUCGAAUUUGCAGUCUUUGGCAUUAUAUCCGCCCCGCUCGCCUCGGUAUGGCAGCGAUUGCUCGAAGAUGGUUUCCCGGGCCAACAGAAGGUCGAUGUGGGACACCCGAGUUCUCGUGCAGCCAAUCGCUCCCUCGAAAGCGCUCCCAAUGCCAAGGGAAAGACCAUGCCAAAGCCUCAACUGAACUGGCCCAAUAUCUUCAUCAAACUGGUUCUGGAUCAAACGAUCGGCCAAUUUCUCAUCAACGUGGUGUUUCUGAUCUGCACGAACAGCGCGCGACUCCAGAGCUGGCCCUUGCUUGUCCAAGAGAUUCACCUGCGCAUCUUUGGUAUCAUUUGGGCAAGUUGGAAAGUCUGGCCCUGGGUGGCUCUAGUCAAUUUCAUUUGGGUGCCGGUGGAAUGGAGGGUGCUUGUGGCGUCGUUGGUUGGGUUUGGCUGGAACAUCUUUCUGAGCAUUUUAUCGAUGAGGGAAAAGACAUGA